AUGGCGAACUUCUGUCACAGGGACCUGGUGGCGGUUAUGGUGCAGGUACAUGGGGAGGGGCCGACCGAGGACAUGGUCCUCUGUUCGGCUUACCUACCGCAUGACUCUGCGGAGCUGCCACCCACUAGAGAGCUGCAGGAAUUGGUCAGACUGGCGCACCGGUGCGUGAACUGGAGAGUGGACCAGGAGGACUCGCUCUCCGAUCACCGGUGCAUCAGGUUUGAAAUUCAAGGCACUGCUGAGAUUGCGCAGGGAUUCGUGCGUAGAAAUCCGAAGGCCACCGACUGGGACUCUUUUAGGAGGGAACUGGAGGAAAGGCUAGAGGUCGGACGUAUGAAGCCCAGCAACAUCGAGAGGUUAGAGGACGAGGUGGAGAGAAUCCACAGAGCUCUAACCGAGUCCUUCCACCAGGCAUGUCCGAUCAGACCAUGGCAGGAGUCAGCAUGGAGGACCUUCUGCGAGGAGCUGGAGGCACUGCCACAAGUGGCCAGGCUUCGCAGGGUCUUCUCUGCCGGACACGCGCAAGGCUUGGGUGGGAUCAUACUACCUGGUGGUGUUGCUAUCACCCAGCCAGAUGAGAUACUGGAGCACCUGAUCCAGGUGCACUUCCCCGACUCUGUUAUGCAGGGGGAGGGAAUGUGCUCUGGUGUGGAGUGGGCACGGUUAGGCGAGGGCAGGCCGAUUUGGGGCCUGGCAUCGAAAAUUGUUACACUGGACAGGCUGCGGUGGGCGGUGGACUCCUUCGAGAUGUAUAAGAGUCCGGGGCCUGAUGGCAUAUACACGGCUUUUCUGCGGAAAGGAGGCCCGCUGCUUCUGCAUAGACUGCUACCAGCACUAAGGGCUUGUCUUGCUUUAGGACAUGUCCCAGGAAGAUGGCGGGAGGUCAGGGUUGUGUUUAUUCCUAAACCAGGUAAAUGCACCUAUGACAACGCCAAAGCCUAUCGGCCUAUCAGCCUGAGCUCUUUCCUACUGAAGACGCUGGAAAGGCUCGUUGACAGGCACAUCAAAGAAGGAGUGCUGACAAUGAAUCCCAUUAGCCCCUCGCAGCAUGCAUACCAGGCGGGCAGAUCAACUGAGACGGCACUGCACAGCCUGGUUGCAAAAAUAGAAAGAGCAAGGGAAAGGAAAGAGGACACCCUCGCUGUCUUUAUUGACAUAGAGGGGGCCUUUGAUAAUACCUCCUUUGGAACCAUGGAGAUGGCAGCGGCAUCCUUUGGGAUAGAGAUACCCAUCAUCAGAUGGAUCGCCGCUAUGCUCCGAAUUCUGGGCUUUUCGAACGAGGUAAAACACCUGGGAGUAUGGCUCGAUAGAAGGCUCAGCUGGAAGAAGCACAUCACCAUGCAGACGAACAAAGUCAUCAUGACUUACUGGGCAUGCAGGAGGAUGUUUGGCAACACGUGGGGGCUUAGGCCCAGAAUCGUGAAAUGGAUCUACACGGCCAUAAUGCUCCCACAGCUUGCGUAUGCUGCUGUUGUCUGGUGGACGGCAAUGAACAAAGCUUGCCAUAGGAAAACGGUAGACAGGACGGGCAGGCUUGCGAUGCUGGGAAUUACGGGGGUACUCAGGACGACCCCCACCUCAGCACUGGAGGCUCUGCUCUUUCUCCAGCCGCCCCACCUUCACAUUAAGGAGGUGGCGCUGAUCUCGGCUGCGAGAUUACGACUGCAAGGUCGAUGGAGGGAGGCCAGUAGUGGUCAUGCGGCAAUGCUCACGGCGGACAGCGACCUUCGGGGACUGCUGUCCUGGGGAGGAGAUGCCUGCGGACGGCGAUGGCACUUCCAAAAGAGUUUUAAGGUCAACCUUGGAUAUGGGGCAAACCAACUAGGGAGUGACAGAAAGUGGACGCCACCGAAGGGGCUGGUCUGGUCCACGGAUGGCUCCAGAAUUGGUAAUAGAGCGGGGGCAGGGAUCUGGUCUGAGGGACCUUCAAUUGCACGGGCCCUUGGAUUGGACCCGCAUACGACCGUGCUCCAAGCAGAGCUUGCAGCCCUGAAAGCCUGUGCCAGGGAAAUUCUAGGCAGGGGGGACAGGGGCAAGAAGAUAUACAUCUGCUCAGACAGCAGGCGUGCGUUGAGGGCACGGCUCAAGAAUGAGAGUUGCUCUCGAUUCGUCAACGACUGUACUGAGCUGAUGGAAAGGGUGGCUUCCCGUAAUCAGCUGGAAGUGGUCUGGACUCCGGGCCACGCUGGCAUCCUCGGCAACAUGGAAGCCGACGAGCUGGCCAAAAGACGUUGUCUAGAGGUUGCGCCAACAGAGCAGAACCUAGUGGGGGUGCACAUAGACUUCGUUAAGGAUAUGACCUGGAAACGAGCAGAGAGAGGGGUUGUGGAAAGGUGGCGCUCAGGAGAGGGCGCCAAACAUACAAGGACCCCUUUUCGUGAACCUACAAAACAGCUGGCGGAGACGCUGGAAGGGCUGAACAGGAUGAAACUCCGGUCUUUGAUCAGACUUAUCACUGGGCACUGGCCCCUAGCCUCAUACCUGGCAAAAAUAGGCAGAGGAAGUGACCCUACCUGCCCGAAGUGUGGACUGGCGGACGAAAACCCGCACCACUUAGGCACCAGAUGCAGUGGUCUUGACGAGAUCCGUUGGGACGUCUUUGGGACCACUUGCAUCAAGGAUAUGUAUGUUGAUAGGGACGGCAUAGAAGGGCUCUAUGAGUUUGCUCGAAGGGCCAACAUACUUGCACCUAUUGACUAG